UCUCUGUUUCUGGGGAACAGAAAAUAUCUUCAAAAUGGAGAAAGAAAAACUCAUCAAAUCUUCAGAAACCAUCGGAGGUGGAGGCUUAGAAUCUUCAUUAAUACAACUAAUCCAUGAUCAUAACCUCACCACCAUAAAAACCCGUGAACAAGCAGAUAAGGCAAAGAAGGAAGCAUUGAAGAGUGCAGUUCGGGUUUCUGAUUUAUUAGUUGAAACUGUGAAUGGUGGAGUACAGGAAACAUAUGUUAAUCAGAAACGAAUUGAGAAUGAAAUUAGGGCAUUAACAGCUUCAACAAUAAGGUUUACGAAACAAACUGAUCAGUGGCUUUCGGCUUCUCAUGCUUUCAAUUCUGCUUUAAAGGAGAUUGGUGACUUUGAAAACUGGAUGAGGACCAUGGAUUACGACUGCAAAAUCAUAAAUGCGGCAAUCCGCAACAUAUACAAGCAAUAAAGACUGAAUCAGGAGAAGAAAAAGAAGAAGUAAAACUUGUCAAAUCUUCACUCACAGAUCGAAGAAGAGAUGAUUCGAUUCGUGUAAUCUCUGGUUUGAAUGAAAGUAAAGAUGGUGUUAUGAUUGAUAUAUCGUUGUAAAACCAAUUAGAAUCAAAGAGAUUCAAUAAUUGCUCCUGAUCCAUUUUUUUGUUGGGAAGUAAUGAUGAAACCCUGUAUAUAUAUAUAUGUAGUUGACCUAAAGAAUCAACCUCAGAGAUUCUACUGGAUAUUACUAGAAAUACCUACUCUGAAUAUUAUUAAGCAAGUAAAGAACACGUUUAAAUUUAGAAUUCCAUUCUAUUAGUCAACCUCCUCGUGAAACUUGUUAAGAAAGUUGUUUAUUCAUGUAAACUUGUUGUUUAAUAAGUUGUGGUUGAUAUGCAA